AACUAUCUCAUUCGUAUGUCUUUAUCGGUGGGCUUGAGCGUUAAUCCCUUUAAAUUCCAGUCAACAGAGGCGGAGCAAAUCACCCUACUGCGUAUUCAGUUCUCUCACUUGUUAUUUAGUGGAGCAAUGCGAAGUGUGCACAUGACGGAUUUACCACGAAAGUAAUGAUUUACUCUAGAAAAACGGUAUAGACAGGCGUCCGCGAACCAAGCAGAUGGUGCUCCUCCGGCCAUGACUCGUACCAGGCUCCCCACGGUUGAAGCGGCGUUGAUAUUUCUAUCUGUCGCACAGCUGAGCACAGCUCUGAAGUGUGUGUGCCAGCUAUGUACCAACAACACCUGUGAGACAGGCGCGGACGGGGCCUGCUGGAACUCUGUGAUGCUGAUCAACGGGAAGGAGGAGGCUGUCAAGUCCUGUCUGUCCCCGGCCGAGAUGAGGGGACAAGUCUUCUGCUACAGCUCCCGGAACGUCUCAAAGAGGCACUGCUGCUUCACAGACUUCUGCAACAACGAGACCCUGCAUCUGCAUCCAGAGAGGCCUUCGGAGGAGCCCGGCUGGGGCAGGCUGGAGCUGGCAGCAGUCAUCCUGGUUCCCUCUACCCUGCUCUGUGUGAGCAUCCUGCUGGGUGUGUGUGUGGUGCAGGGCCAGCCCUGUGCCUACAACCGGGCCCACAAGAAUGACGUGGAGGAGCCCCUGGAUGACCAAAGUCUUAUGUCCCCCGAUAAGUGUCUUAAAGACCUCAUCUACGAUAUGAGCACCUCUGGCUCAGGCUCCGGGCUACCACUGCUGGUACAACGGACAAUAGCUCGGACUAUCGUGCUGCAGGAGACCAUUGGGAAGGGCCGCUUCGGGGAGGUGUGGCGAGGGAAGUGGCGAGGGGAGGACGUUGCGGUGAAGAUCUUCUCAUCCCGUGACGAGAGGUCCUGGUUCAGAGAGGCAGAGAUCUAUCAGACCAUCAUGCUCCGACACGAGAAUAUCCUGGGAUUCAUUGCAGCUGAUAACAAAGAUAACGGCUCUUGGACCCAGCUGUGGCUGGUGACAGAGUACCACGAGCACGGCUCCCUGUUCGACUACCUGAACAGGUACACAGUGUCUGUGGACGGCAUGAUCGUUCUGGCCUUGUCCAUCGCUAGCGGCCUGGCACACCUCCACAUGGAGAUCAUUGGCACUCAGGGGAAACCUGCCAUCGCCCACAGAGACAUCAAGUCUAAAAACAUUCUGGUGAAGAAGAAUGGGACGGCUGUCAUAGCAGACCUCGGAUUGGCUGUGAAACACGACUCCAGUACCAACAUCAUUGAUAUACCGUCCAAUCACAGAGUAGGAACAAAGAGGUACAUGGCCCCAGAACUGCUGGAUGACACGAUAAAUAUUGGCAGCUUUGAGUCGUUCAAGCGGGCAGACAUCUACUCCCUGGGCCUUGUGUUCUGGGAACUGGCAAGGAGGUGUUCCAUCAGAGGACUUCAAGAAGAUUUUCAGUUGCCUUACUAUGAUAUGGUGCCUUCAGAUCCUUCUGUGGAGGACAUGAGAAAGAUAGUCUGUGACCAGAAACUGAGACCCAACAUUCCCAACCAGUGGCAGAGCUGUGAGGCACUGCGGGUGAUAGGCAAGCUGAUGCGCGAGUGCUGGUAUGCCAACGCUGCAGCUCGCCUCACCGCGCUGAGGGUCAAGAAAACCGUCUCUCAGGUGACUGUACUCAAGGACAUCAAAGAUUAGCUAGCCCACUGGCUGGCGCACCAGAAUGUACUGUUAUUGGUCUGGAGCAAAGCAUCCUCAAGACCACACUGAAACAAGAAACACUCAGCUGGGUCGUAUUAAUUAGAAACCAAACAAAAGAAAAGGAGGGACUACCUAAACCUAUCCAAUAAGACAUUCUCAUUAAAACAUGUUUUGUUGUGGUUAGUAAAUGUAGGUUUUAGCACGGUGUUACAAAUGCCUGUAUUGCAAGAAUCAAGAUUUGUUUAGUUUUAUGAGCGUUCAUGUCCGCUUGUUCUCAUGAACUCUUUUUUGAUCUCAUCUCCUUCUGUGCUGUUUGCACCUUCCCACUUGCACACACACACACCAAGCCUUUCCCCAUGCCACUCACAUCGAACAUUAAAGAUCACUUCUAUUUGCAUUUGAGGGUUGGUCCAACAGAAUUGGUCACAUGGACACCCAAACACAAUGAGACAUUGUUUUACUGUAACAGAGGAGAAGUUACCUUUUCUAACUAUACCCUUUUUAUGUCUCGACUCCCAGACCCUCCUAAAACUGGAGUAUCAAUGAACAUGAUUGUGGAACAUUUAUGCACAGUUUCUGUCACACUGUGACAGAAAUGCAGUACUUGGUAGCAAGUACCGUUAGGAGCAUUUUAGCCACAUACUGUUAAUGUGCUAGCUGUCUAGUGUGUGUUUUUAUAAAUGUGCAAUGAGCAUAAGAAGAACAAUUUUAUAUAAGGUAGACCACUUGAUUCCAACAUGUGAACAAAGUGGACAGGCUAGCAUGCUGUUCAAACAGUUGGAGAUGGACAGGAGGUUGUGUCCAGAACAGUUCAACUGUUCUAGCUACCUUGCUAGCAAGCAAAUAGAUCCAAAUUGGCUAGACUUUAAAUGUAGAGAUUAGCUGGCUACUCACUAGCACGUGGGCUUGUGCUUGAGAGAUUGUUUAUGAGACCUGUGUUAACUUUCUAUAAUGCCUGUUAAGAGAAGUUGGUCAUUAUUAGUUCAUGGUUCGGGUAAAGAAAAUAAAAAAAAAGGGCAUUUUCAUAGACAGACUUGGA